UCACAUGACUGACGACCGGCGAAACAGGAAAUGGGGCACCAGUCGGGAACGUAGCAUAUGUUGAAUCAGAGGAACUUGCUGAUUAUUGUUUAUUUUACUAAUAUUCCAGCCAUGCACUGUUUGUCUACACUAGUUUGUCAUGUAAUGAGGCUGUGGGUCGUGUGUUUAUCGCUUCUCAUGAACUAUGGACUCGCCGGUAAAAUGAAAAUAGUCGAAGAGCCAAACACAUUCGGAUUAAAUAAUCCCUUUUUGGCUCAAGGAAGCAGACUACAGCCUAAAGUGCCUCCAUCUCCAGUGUCUGGUCCAUCUCACCUCCAUCGCUUAGCCGGGAAAUGCUUCAGUUUCAUUGAGUCGACGUAUAAAUAUGAAUUUUGCCCGUUUCACAACAUCACUCAGCACGAGCAGUCAUUUAGAUGGAACGCCUACAGUGGUAUACUGGGGAUCUGGCAGGAGUGGGAUAUUUCAAACAACACGUUCACAGGCAUGUGGAUGAGAGAAGGGGAUGCGUGUGGAAAUAAAAACAGGCAAACCAAAGUUAUUCUCACCUGUGGUGGGAGCAGCAAGCUGGCUCAGGUGUCAGAGCCCAGCACCUGCAUGUACUCCCUGACCUUUGAGACGCCGCUCGUCUGCCAUCCACAUUCUCUGCUGGUGUAUCCGACCCUGAGUGAGAAGUUGCAAAAGGAAUGGGACGAUGCCGAGCAGGCUCGCUACGACGGGCUCAUCACUGAGCAGGGAUACAAUAAUCUUUUGAGAGAUAUUUUUGAGGAUGCUGGUUUCUUGAAGAGCCAAAAACUGAAGUUGAAUCCCAGUCUUGCGUCCCAUUCCAAAACCCAUGAGUCCUUACAGAAAUGCACCGAGGACUUUGUGAAGCAGAGUGAAGAGAUCGAGAGACUGCGAGCUCUCCUCACUCAGCACAACAUUCCCUUUGAACUGAACCCAAAUGAAGUAAAGACUCCAGUCAGUGUGACGGUUAAGGAUCGACACCUGAGGGGAGACGAAGGCCUUAAAACAGAUCUCUUUUGACAAAUCUCCUGCAAGAAGUCACGUUUCCCGGAUGUCAUCUACCUGAGUGGAUCUGAAGAUUUUUGGUUGGUGUUCAGUGUGAGGUACAUCGUCAGCGGCUGGACAAGAUCACAGCAUCAUCAAGGCUAUACCGCUAAUUGCUGAAAUUAUCCUAAACAACAUAUGUCUCACAGAUAAAUGACAGACUGUUAACAACUUCAAGAAGUAAUUUAUGAAUCAGAGCCUUUCUUUUAUCCAAUUGCACAUUUCUUAGAGAGGAACACUGGCACCCAUUCAGCUUUCUUCAGAAAUUGUACAGCUAAAAAUAACCAUGAUACACUAUGAAAGACAAGGCACAAGGUUGUGGAAUAAAUAAAUGUUGUUUUAAUUAACUCAUUGGGUUUGUGCUGCAGUAGAAUCUUUUGUUUGACUGUAGAAAAAUGGUUUUUGGUCACUCAGGUGUGACUACCUGUGUCUGCUAUCACAGAGCAUAUGGAGAUGUUUUUGUAUUUAUCCAGUCAUACUUUGAGAUAUUUGUUGCAGCUACAUUUUACAAUUAAAACUUUAACAAUUCAUAUUUUUAAAGUAACCAGACGGUCCUGAGUCCAUGACGCUGCAGUUUGUUCAUGAGCACACACACACACAGGGACUCGAGUCAGCUUGGGCCUUCUUGUUCCCGCCGUGGUCUGAUGUGUUAGGCCACAUUUUCCAUCAGUCAGACACACACACACACACACACAUAAUGCUGAGCUGUGCUUUUUCCUUGACAACGUGCUGUAGCUGCAGCAGUGCUGACACUCAUGGCCUGCCAAGGUUUUGUUACAAGAAGCGUGACAUGCCGAGAACUGCAUCUCACAUUUGGGGAAAGCAAAGUUUGUUUUGAGAAUGAAUCAACUGAAGACUGUCCAAGGUGUUUCCCUGGCUCCCGCCGCAGUGCAUGCUGGGUCGUGCUCCAGCCACACGCCCCUGAAAUGGAUCAAGCAGGUCGUGAAAAUGAAUGAAUAAAUGAUACUUGCUCAGCAGCUGAAUAAAGUGUUGGAGGAAGAGGCUGGCAUUCAUAGCCUGUCAAGUUGUAACUAAGGUUGGAUUUAAUAGCAUUUAGCCUCAGUCAGCAGUACUGCCUUAGUAACUAAAGGCAUAGUAAUUUAUUCUCAUGUUUUUAUUUUAUUUUAUUGUGAAGCACUUUGAGCUACACCCCCGCUGGUUUUGUCAUGUUUACUUUUGGGGUGACAGACUGUAUUGUUGU